AAGCUAAGCGACGAUGUCAUUUUUAUCAUAUUUGAAGAAUUACAAGAUGAUAAAAAUAUUCUUUUUUCAUGCCUCACAGUUAAUAAAGUUUGGUGUAAAAUAAUUCUUCCAAUUUUAUGGAAAAAUCCAUGGAAAACUUUAAAGAAGAAACAAGACAAGUUAUUAUUAAAUAUAAUUCUUUCUCACCUUUCAGAUGAAAAAAAAAUGGAACUAGAACUUGAUUCUUUAACAGAUUUAUAUCGUAAACCUUUAUUUGAUUAUAUUAGUUUUUGUAGACAUCUAAAUUUUAAUAAAAUUGAGAGAAUGAUUAAAUCAUUUCAAGAAAAAUCAAAAUUAUCAAUUAUUGAAAAUGAAAUAAUUAAUCUUUUUGUUAAUGAAAAUAGAUAUUAUACACAUCUUUAUAUAUCUUAUCAAUUUGCUUAUCAACUACAUCUUUUUCCUGGAGCCAAAAGUUGCUUUUCAAGAAUUCAAUAUCUUAAUUGUAGUACUAGCAUAAAGAAUGAACUCUCAGAUGGUUUAAUAAAAUUAUGUAAAUCGAUUAAAGUUUUGGAUCUUUUUAUAGAAGCUCUUAAUAAUAAUGAUGGAAUUAUUAGAUUAAUCAGGGGUCAAAGGAAUUUAUCGAAAAUUUGUUUAACAACUCAUUCAUACAGCGAUGUAUAUUUUUGUAUAGCCCUUGAAAAUUCUUUAAUUGAACAUGUAAAUACCGUACAAUAUUUUAAAUUGACUAAAAGACCGAGUACAAAGAUUAUUUCAUCUUUUGUAAAUUUAAGGGGAUUAGAAGUGAGCGGUUGUCUUAACGAUGUAUUGGAAUGGAAUUAUUUAGAUGAUGUAUCUUUACCUUAUUUAGAAAUCUUAAGAGUUAGUAAAAUUCCAUUCAAUGCUUUAAUAAGUUUAAUAGAGAGUACGAAUGGGCUUCUUACUGAAAUUAAAACUAAUACCAUACUUAACGUUAAUGUAUUAAAUGAUGAGAGAAUAAUUACCAAAGUUAUUCAUCAAAAAUGUCCGAAACUUCAGUAUCUUAAAAUAAUGUUGACACAUAACGAUAAUAAUCUCUCUGAAUUCGAAAGUUUAUUAAUUAAAUGUCAUUAUUUAGAUGGAUUAUUCAUUACUGGAAAUGUUGGGUUUGAUUGGGAUGAAUUAUUUGGUGUAUUAAUUAAAUCAUCACCAAUUAAUUUGUUUAAAUUUAAAUUUAGUGAUUCUCCCAGUUUGGAAUCCUUAAAAUUAUUUUUUGAUAAUUGGAAAGGUAGACGUCCUCUGUUAUUACAAUUUGGUCAUAUAGAAAAUGUAGAAGAUUUGAUAGAAGAAUAUAAAGCAAGAGGAAUAGUGAAAAAGUUCAAUAAUAAUGUUUCUUUUGGUGAAGGAUUUGAAUGGAUUUGAAUGGAUAUAAAUAAUAAUAUUUCUUUUGGUGAAGGAUUUGAAUAGAUAUAAAUAAUAAUAUUUCUUUUGAUGAAGGAUUUGAAGAAUUUGAAUGGAUAUAAAUAAUGAUAUUUCUUUUGAUGAAGGAUUUGAAAGAGUGUUAUGGCUAUGAAGAUUACAUUUAAUUAAUAUCGCACCGUGUAAUGUUUACGUUCUAAUAUAAUCAGACAAAUGUUAACAAAGGAACUUUCAGCAAUUACGGUGGAUUUACGGUAUAAUUAUUAUAUUUGAAUACACUCUGAUUAGUUGUAACUGUGAUUACUAUUAAUAAUAAAAUUGAACUUUUCACUUUAUAUUUUGUUACCGG